AACGAGGUGAAUUCCGACACAUUCUUGCUUCCUCCAUCCAUCAGCAACUACGUCUGAACGGAGGUCUCAGUGCUGGCAACAUAUCCAUCGCCCAGAGCAUUCAUCACAAGGCGUCCAUGGCCACACAGUGGACGUUCCGCAUUGGCUGGAGUCAACCCAUCCUCCCCACGCAAGACCCUGGCUCAUGCUUUUCACCUUAUCGCACCCGCAUUGCGCAUAUGUAAUCAACGUCCCUCGUCGUCCGAUGGCAGCGCAGUCUCCACCAAUUCAGUUUCCGGCUGUCAUCACCCAACCCGACCGGCACAGGCUCGUGGUCACCACUUGUGCCACCAUUCUCUUCUGUGCUUCCCUCAGUGGUCUUUACUUCAUCCCUUCUGGAUCGUGAUACAGUGACACCUUCUUAUCCAACAGACAACAUGGCUAGUGCGACGGACAAGCUCUCCCCCAAAGAUGUCUCCAAUCACUUUUCGCGGGUGACAAAGCAUCGAGUUCCGAGCCAGGUCAAGCGUUUCUACCAAUAUUUUUCCAUUCCUGGAAUUGGAAAUCUUGCUGGAGGACUUCCUAAUCCCAAUUAUUUCCCUUACGAUACUCUCGAAGCCUCCACCGCCGUUCCUGACAGAUUUAAACCAACUCCCAAUAACCCCGUCGACCCCCCAGCCACUGACCUUACCCUUUCAGCCCUGAAUCUAUCAGACCCCGCCGCUGCCUCUCGCGUGCUCGUUCCUCAUGACUCUGCCGAGCCCAAUCCUCUUCGGAAGAUCGACUUGACCACCGCCCUGCAGUAUGGCACCGCCCAGGGUUAUCCACCCCUCUACAGCUUCAUUCGUGAAUUCGUCCAGGAACACCUUCAUCCCAAUGUCCCUUACAAGGGUGGCGCUGAAGUCAUCCUGACCGUCGGCUCCACUGAUGGCUUUUCCAAAACUGUCGAGGCUUUUAGCAAUAUCUGGGAUUCGGAGAGAGACUGGAUCCGGGAAAGAGAGGGUUUACUCUGUGAAGAAUUCGCUUACAUGAACGCCAUUCAGACCGCAAGGCCUCGGGGUCUCAAUGUUGUGCCCGUCGCCAUUGACGACGAAGGCAUGCUGGCAUAUGGCAAAGGCGGUCUUGAAGACGUUAUGUCUAAUUGGGAUACAAACAAGGGCAAACGACCCCAUCUGAUGUACACAGUCACAAUGGGCCAAAACCCCACCUCUGGCCUGUUGUCGCUCACUCGACGGAAAGAAAUAUAUGCCUUGGCCCAGAAAUAUGAUAUUAUCAUUGUGGAAGAUGACCCUUACUGGUAUCUGCAAUAUCCGUCGGCGCUGGAGUUGUCCAACAAAGCUCGAGGCCAAUCGACCAGUCCCAAGUCCCCAGCUGCAGUGAAUUACAACACGUUGGACGGUGGCCGGUCAAGUGGUUAUGAGUUCCUGGACAGCCUAGUACCCUCUUACCUCUCCAUUGAUGUGGACGGUAGAGUGGUGAGACUAGAUACGUUUAGUAAAACGGUGGCGCCAGGGUGUCGACUCGGAUGGAUUACCGCGCAGCCGGCUGUCAUCGAGAAAAUCCAGCUGAUCACCGAAAGCUCAACUCAACAGCCCAGUGGGUUCGUCCAGAGUUUGAUUGCGGAGCUUUUGAUGGGACCGUCCAGCCACGGUGACCCUGGAAAGGGUGGAAGCAAAGACGGUAGUGGAUGGAAAUUCGACGGCUGGGUCAGGUGGCUAGAGGGCUUGCGAGGCAACUACGAGAGACGAAUGCAAGUUAUGAGCCAGAUCCUGGAGGACGGAAUGUACCUGAUUCAAGGAAGUGCACCCGGGCCAACAAAGCCGGGUCGUGCAGAAGAGGACGACUUCGAGAUUGUCAAGAAGACCCAGCUGUACGACUUUGCCUGGCCCGCGGCAGGCAUGUUCUUGUGGCUUCGAGCCCAUUUUGACACCCAUCCACUUUACGAAAAAGUUGGAGGCCAACGACUGGCCAACGCCUUUUGGGUCUUCCUAACCGCCAAACCGUACCUGGUGCUCCUGGCUCCUGGGGUCAUGUUCUCCCCAACUCCCGAGAUUGCCGAGCAGGUCGGCUGGCAAUACUAUCGGCUCUGCUUCGCCGCCGUCGACGACGAGCUCGUGGCCAAGCACAGCAAAGGCACCGUUGAUGCUUUUGUCGAUUACUGGGCCAUUGACGAUCCUAAGAAGAUUGAUGACUUGCUCGACGACGUUGGUGCUCGUGCCGCCAGCGUCGAGAACGCACUCCAAAAUCAGGCUUCUUUUGCGACGAAUCCUAUUUUCUGCUGAUUGUAGUUGUUGUGCGUGGAUAUAUGUAUGUAUGAGGAUAUAUGUCUAUGUCUCGUAUAUGCACCACUUUAUAUUUAUACAUAGACAAGAACGGUAACGUGUGACUGUUUACCGCGCGGAUGAAUAUACGAGACAAGUCUUGUUGAGAAUUGAGUCUGAGAUGAGUCCUCUUAAGUAUUCCGUUAUGCAUAAGCUUUUCCAUGGCAGUACAUCUUGCCUUAGCCGUGCACAUGCUAGGUACUAUAUUAAUAGACAUAAAAAUCUAUGCAAUGAGUUUCUG